UUGCCAUAGCAUAAUUCGUACCUUUGCUUAGCUCAGCAUAAUUUUUGACGCUUGUAAUCGAAUACCAAUUUCCAUCUUUCCAUUAACUCCAUUAACAAUUGUAGUCAAAGCAGAGCUCUGCUCACUUACUCCGCGCUUGGAACGUGCAAGAAGUGCAAAUACUUUGCACCACAACGCGACAGUGCGGAGGUCAAUUGCAUUUAGUUGGAAUUUCACUCUCAUCGGUACCGGUAGAAACGCUUCCAGUAAACCAUUUCUGCGGAACAUGAAAAUGUCAUCAACAAAAGUGAAAAUAAAAUUUGCAUAUUCUACCAUAAUUAUCUCUGUGAUUAGUGUUACGAUAAUAGCGUCGCAAGUUCAUACGAGCAUUGCUUGGCAUUUGGCACAGUCUGGCCUCACUGAGUCCUAUCGCGUGCGCCACCUUUCGCUUCAUUAUUCGCGUGUAUUCAUUUGUAUCAGUGUGAAGAGUCAACUAUUUCCGACGCUGAUCGCCACCAGCUGGCCUGGCAGUUAUGUGCCACUGCAGAGUUCAAUUUAUCCACAUAAUAGUGCGCACGCGAAUGGCAACAGAAGUGAUUGUGAGUUGAUACAGAAGGCCAUUUGGUCGCAAGUGGAUAAUUUGGGCCGGCUAUGGGUGUUUGAUGCGGGAUGGGAGGAAGUGGAGUCGAAAAGUGCGAAUGUUCCUAAUGUAUGUCCGCCAAAAUUGUUGGUUUAUGACUUGAUUCGAAACGAUGCAGAGGUGUUACGCAUCGACUGCAGCAGCCACCUAACGCCCAAAGACGCCGAAAAGUUAGUCAUUAAGUUGGGCCCAAAUCCUGUGCUCUGUAAAGUGGAGAAAUAUGUUUACUUUCUGCCGCCCGAUGAUGCGCACAUUCUCGCUUAUGAUAUCGUCGAACAGAAGUGGCUGCGACGCGCACUCUAUAGUCGCAAAUUCCACGGCAUCAUCGAAGCGCCAUUUCCAAUUAAACCAAUUGACAUCGCUUUCGGCCUGCAACAAGAACUGCUCUUUGCCGAUGCGGAUGGCAAGUUGUAUGCCACACCGAAUUCGCAAUUGAAGACGCAGUUGGGUAAUGGUGUCAAACGUAAUGCGAAUGAAAUGGCAACUGAAUGGAAAGAGCAGCAGCAAGUGGAUGAGGACGACAUAAAUGACAAAUCGAAUGCCAUUGAACUGGAGCUACUGGGCAGUUUGUUGGCGCCCAGCAAGGGAAUGAUGGUGGAUGUGCGCACCGGUGUGCUUUUCUAUGCGGUACCCAAGUUCGGCGCAAUUGUGCGUUGCGCAUAUCAUCGCAACUUGACGGCGGAAGACAAUGAGAUCGUUUACUUUACUUCGAAGAAUAUACAACAGAUAUUCUUUAGCAAUGCGGGUGCUGUAUGGUUGCUGACAGAUCGUGUGCUGCAGCCGAAUGAUUAUUGCUUUGCGAAUAUUUAAUGGAAGCGACUUAUUAAUUAAUUAUUGUAGCCACUUAUCGAAGUUAGUUGAGAAGUUUAAGUUUGGUGCAAUUUAGAAAUGCGUAAAAUAAUUAUGCUUGCAGCCAAUAAUAAAUAAAUGCUUAUGGGUGUGUGAAAUAAGAUGUUUACUUUAAAAA